AUGCCGCGGCCGGGGAAGAGCUCGUACAGCGACCAAAAGCCGCCCUACUCGUACAUCUCUCUGACGGCCAUGGCCAUCCAGCACUCGGCCGAGAAGAUGCUGCCGCUGAGCGACAUCUACAAGUUCAUCAUGGAGCGCUUCCCCUACUACCGCGAGCACACGCAGCGCUGGCAGAACAGCCUGCGCCACAACCUCUCCUUCAACGACUGCUUCAUCAAGAUCCCGCGGCGGCCCGACCAGCCCGGCAAGGGGAGCUUCUGGGCGCUGCACCCCGACUGCGGCGACAUGUUCGAAAACGGCAGCUUCCUGAGGCGCCGCAAGCGCUUCAAGGUGCUGCGCACGGACCACGCUCACCUGCACGCAGGAAGCAGCAAGGGCGCGCCGGGCGCCGGGCCUGGAGGGCAUCUGCACGCGCACCACCCGCACCAUCACCACCACCAGCACCAGCACCAGCACCAGCACCACCACGCCGCCGCGCACCACCACCACCCCCCGCCGCCGCCGCCCCCGCACAUGGUGCACUAUUUCCACCAGCAGCCGCCCCCUGCCCCGCAGCCGCCGCCGCACCUCCCGUCGCAGCCCCCGCAGCAGCCGCCCCAGCAGUCGCAGCCUCAGCAGCCGUCCCAGCCUGGCAAGAUGCAGGAGGCGGCGGCUGUGGCGGCGGCGGCCGCGGCGGCCGCGGCGGCGGCGGUGGGCAGCGUGGGGCGCCUGUCGCAGUUCCCGCCCUACGGGCUGGGCUCAGCCGCCGCCGCCGCCGCCGCGGCCGCCGCGUCCACAUCAGGCUUCAAGCACCCGUUCGCCAUCGAGAACAUCAUCGGCCGGGACUACAAGGGCGUGCUGCAGGCCGGCGGGCUGCCCUUGGCGUCCGUCAUGCACCACCUGGGCUACCCCGUCCCCGGCCAGCUCGGCAACGUGGUCGGCUCCGUGUGGCCGCACGUGGGAGUCAUGGAUUCCGUGGCCGCGGCCGCCGCCGCGGCUGCCGCAGCCGGGGUCCCUGUCGGCCCGGAGUACGGGGCCUUCGGGGUGCCAGUCAAGGCCCUGUGCCACCCGGCCAGCCAGAGCCUGCCCGCCGUGCCGGUGCCCAUCAAGCCCACGCCGGCGCUGCCGCCUGUGACCGCGCUGCCGCCGGCGCUCACUGUCCCCGCGGCCUCCCAGCAGCCUCCGGCCACAUCCACCGUGUGCUCGGCGGCCGCGGCCUCGCCUGCUGCGUCUCUGCUGGAGCCCACGGCCCCCAGCGCGGCCGAGGGCAAGGGCGGCUCCCUGCACUCGGUGAUGGUGCACUCCUAG